AUGGCGUUGUCUUUUGCCAUCGUAUUGCUCAGCUGCGUUGUGUGCAUUCACGCUCAGUCCAUCAAAGGCCUCGGAGUGAGUGGUGGUCGCGGGCCCAAGGGCGGAAUUGGCGAUGCCGAUCAUCCUGUCUUGAAGGCUCAAUCCUUCAUCACAGACGCAUUGAUCCCUCUACGCCUCAAGACAACACGGCAAUUAGCGGUGGGGGUCCCUCCGAGGCUCGUAAAAGGCAACGAAGGACUGCAGGUCUGUCCGCCGCCAUUGACAGUCACUGUAGACUCAUCUGCCAAGGGAGCGCGUCAGGAAAUGGUCGGAUUUGGUCAUUCCUGGACAGAUUCGACGGUGACCACUUUUCAAAGCCUGGAAGCCGAUGUGCUAGAUCAGGUCAUGUGGGAUUUGUUCUCACCAGAAGCCAACAAUCUUGGAUUCAUGAGACACACUGUAGGAGCCUCUGAUCUCUCAGAUGGCUUCUACUCCUACACUGAUAAUGGGCCAAGCUUCAAUGAGGGCGAACCGGAUCUGAACUUGACGACAUUCGGUCUUGGGCGGAAUGGCACCGCGAUGGCUAAGAUGAUUGCACAUAUGGGCGACUACAAAGGCGAUGUGUUCCUAUAUGGCGCACCAUGGUCGUUUCCCGGAUGGACGAAACAUAACGGAUUACUCAUUGCACCGCGACUGGGCAAGAAUGUCCUCAACAAUUCGUUCGAUACUCAAUAUAUCCCACAGAUGGUAGACUACUUCACACGAUAUAUUGAUACUUAUCAGCGCGACUACGGCGUCAAGAUUAAUGGGCUAUCCCUUAUGAAUGAGCCUUUGAAUUAUCAAGGCGGCUAUCCAACGAUGUUCUUGGAUCCGGCGGACGAAGCUUCGAUUCUUGCAAAAGGUCUGGGUACAGCCUUGAAGGAGCGUGGAGUUAUCGCAAUGGCGUACGAUCACAACACCGACCAACCUGCCUAUCCAGUACGUGUCAUCGAAGGCGCGCCAGGACAUGUCAGAGCUGCAGCUUGGCACUGUUACGAAACUCCAACGCCCAAUUACUCUGUGUUGGACGACCUCCAUUAUGCAUACCCAGAUCUAUUGCAGUUCAUGACGGAGUGUACAACGUACAGGCCUACCCCUGGGACCUUGGAUUUUGGCGUGGCGAGGAACUUCAUCAGUUCUGUACAGCACGGCGCAUCGGGAGCAUCUAUGUGGGUCAUGGCGACUGAUCCCAACUACGGGCCGCAUUCACCAUAUGGAGGGUGUGAUGGCUGUCUCGGCUCUAUCAUCGUCAAUUCCUCGAGGAUUUAUACCAAGACCAACGACUACUAUAUGAUGGGCCAAUUCAGCCGCUUCAUUCGCCGCGGCUCUGUCGUUCAUCGUGUCACAAAUGGUACGGUCGGCACUAAUGGAGACAGCAACCAGUUCUUGAUCCUGGCAGCGCACAACCCGGAUCAGUCGUGGGCGAUCGUGUUCAUGAACAAUCUCAACAGCACUCAGAACGUCCGUCUCUCCUUUACGCAAGCCGGCCAUACUUGGGCAGGCGCCAUCCCGAAUUCCACAGUGGUAACCUGGCUGAUCCCCUCCGACCAAAUGGUGGAGAAGUACCCGCCUCCAGAAGCAUCGUUUUCGAGCUCCGCUUCUGUACGCUCGACGAGCAUGAGGCCGUAUGGAUACCUUACUUCGAUGACAAAGACGAGCAAGUUCAGCUGUCCUGCAACUACUACAACGACGUCGUCUUCGACUUCAUCUUCCACGUCGACGAGGACAUACGCGUCCGUGCCUUACACCACGCACGUGAUCUCUCAGAAUGAAUUGUGA